AUGGAUUAAGAAAGGAGAAGACGAUGGAUUCAGACUUAAUAAUAAAAACUUGAAGAUAUCAAAUAAAGAAAACUUACUCCAACACAUCAUCUCAAAACUGAUAAUUUUAGAUUAAGUAAAACUGAAAAGAUUAUUUAAUUAAAAUAAUCAUCCAUGUUAAAACAUUAAUAAACUAUGGCUAUUGAUGAAUAUAUUUCAAAAGGAGAUUGUAAACUCAUAUUUUUACAAUAAUAAAAUGAAGAUAUUGGAUUUAAAACUUUUACAGAAAUGAUGAAAACUAAUUCAAGUUGGUGGGGAAAAGCAGAUAAAUUAAAUCCAAAUGAAUCAACUCUAAAAAAUAGAUUAUAAUUUAAUCAAAUCUAAGCUAAUGAAUUUAAAAAUUAACUAAACAGAAAAUGGACAAGCACAGUAAAUGAAAUUACAGAGUUGAUUAAUAAAUAAUAAGAAAUUUAACAGCUUUAAAAAGUAAAGAAAAUAAAAUUAAAACCUAAACCGAUUCCUUAAGUUGAAGAAGAUGAAUAAAAUACAAAUGAAAAUAAUAAAUAAUUUGAUCCAACAUCAACAUUUAUAAAAGUGUUUUGGUUUAAUAUAUAGAUAGAUGAAUGGAAACCCCCAAUUAGAGAAGGAUGUUCUGUAACUUAUAUUCCUUCUUUAAAUAAAGCAUAUAUGUAUGGUGGAAUUGGGAAUGAUCUAUUUAAAAAUAUAAUAGCUUUAAAUACUUAAACAUGGGUUUGGAAAGAUAUAGGAGUUGGAAAAGGAGAAGCACCAGAAGAAGGUAGAUUUGGACAUACAGGCACUUAAUAUAAAUAAAAUAUUAUUAUAUAUGGAGGAGAAAAGAAAUUUAAUUAAGUUAUGAAGAUUAGAGAAUGUUAUAAUGAUGUUAGAAUGUUUAAUCCAUUAGAAAAGACAUGGGCUUAAUUAAAGACAAGUGGUGAUUUUAUAGAAGGAAGAAGAAACCAUAUAGCUUAAUGUAUUGGAAAAUACUUUAUCAUUUUUGGUGGAAUUAAUUCAUAUGGUAAAGUCUUGAAUGAUGUUUGUGGUUUAAAUUUAGAAACAAAUAAAUGGUAUUCUAUAUAAUAUGUUUUAGGUCAAUUCUCUAAGUAGAAAAUCAAUUUCUUGAAGGAGUCUCUGAUGCUGCAUCUGCAUCUCUAUUCAAUGGAGAAAUUAAAAUGGAGAAUCCAUAUUUUACUUAUGAUUGUAAUAAGAAAAAAGGAAAAUAUCCAACUGUCAAUUAAGAAGGAAUUUAUGUUUUUGGAGGUAGAAUCUAAAAUGGAGAUGCUUCUAAUGAUUUAAGAGUCAUUUAAUUUGGAUUUAAACCUAUUAGGAUCAUUAAAUUAAAAACCAAAGUAUUACUAUUCAAUCAUUUUAGGGAUAAGCACCAAUUCCUCGCUAUUCUCAUAGUCUUAAUUAUUUUUAUCAUCUAAAUGCUCUAAUUAUUUAUGGAGGAAGAAAUGAUUCUAGAGAUGGCAACAUUCUUAAUGAUUUAUAUGUUUUGUAAUUAAUGUAGAUGAAUUGGGUAUUAGUCUAAUAAAUUGGAGCCUUAAAAUAUGGUAAAUGUAGUCAUUGCAGUGUUUCUAUAGAUUCAAAAAUAUUGAUUUUUGGAGGCUAUACAUAAAAUGUUUAUGCUAAUGCUGAUAUUCAAUUAAUAGAAUUAGAUUAACAAAAAGUGUCUAAGAUGAUUAAAGAAAAUAAAAUCAAUAAUUAAUUAACAAUAAGCAGCUCAGAUUUACUUACUAAUGCCAAUUUGAAGGUUUUUAAAACUGAAUUAUAUCAAGAAAUUGCUGAUUUAGAAUUAAAUGAAUUAAAAAAACCAUUUGAUACUAUGCGUAUGAGUUCAUAAAAUUUUAAAACAUUCAUGCCUUUGCCCUCUAUGAAUAACUCCUAAUUAAUACAAGAUUAUAAAUUACUAAGAUUGAACUCUAAGUUUUCGAAAAAUAAUAUCUUUCAAAGUAUAUGA